UGUGCACACGUGUUUUGAACUUGACGUUUUUGACAGCUGUUUGUUUUCAAAAUUCCGGUUAAUUUUGCACGCGAGAAUUGUUUUUAGGUGUUUUUCUUAGUUUUUACUUGGUGAAAAUGACUGAAGGCAAGCCAAGAUUGUACAUGAAGGAGUACAAAGUUGAUCCUGAUGCCAAUGACUACGGAUUUGACGAUGAUACUUGGAAUUUUGAGAAGUUCAAAGAGAAAUUCCGCAUCAAUAUUGUGAGCUACAAGAACAUGGACAUGGAAUUUGAUGUAAUUGGAAUGCAUCCGGCUAUUGUUAAUGCAUUUCGUCGAAUAAUGCUCAGUGAGAUUCCUACAAUGGCCAUUGAAAAGGUUUACAUCUACAACAAUACGUCAAUCAUCCAGGAUGAAGUUCUGGCCCAUCGUCUGGGAUUGAUUCCUCUGCGAGCAGAUGCCCGACUCUUUGAAUAUAAAGCCGACGAGGGUGAUGAGGGCACGGAAAAUGAUACGCUGGAAUAUGAGCUGAAAUUCAAGUACACAAAGAAGGGAAAGGAUGGCCAUAAAGAUGCACAGACGGAUAACUACAUCAAAAACACCAGCGUGUAUUCAAAUCAGAUAAAAUGGUUGCCCAAGGGACGACAGGCGUCCCUGUACAAGGAAAUUGACGUUGGUCCCAUUCACGACGACAUCCUCAUUGCACGCAUGCGACCAGGCCAUGAGUUGGAUCUGAAAUUGGUGGCUGUCAAGGGCAUUGGGCAAGAUCAUGCCAAAUUUUCACCCGUAGCCACAGCCUACUAUCGUCUACUUCCGGAAAUCAAGCUCAAUCGAACGGUGAGUGGAUGCGAUGCCAGAUUGCUGAAGCAGUGCUUCUCGCCGGGAGUCAUUGAGAUUGAUGAUCAACAGAGGGCUUACGUGAAGAAUGCCAGGUACGAUUCCAACAGCCGCAAUGUCUACCGGUAUCCGCAUCUCAGUGAUGCCGUAACAAUGUCUCGAGUUCAGAAUCAUUUUAUCUUCAACGUCGAAUCCGUGGGAUCGCUGAAGCCUGACGAGAUCUUCAUAGAAGCCGUUAAAUGUCUCAAGAGGAAGUGUAGAGUGUUCCUGGAUGAAAUAUCAGAAGAUAAAUAAAUUUAUUAAUUCACUAA